UUCCGUGCCUCGUCGGCCUCGGUCCCAGACCGCGCUACGCCGACGAAGGUGUACAUCGAUCGGAAUGAAUUCUCGGUCUAGCCUGGAGAAGCCGGGGAACCCUCAGCAGGCCGCGCUCGGUGACUUGAGGUCGCUGUUGGGUGCUGUCGUGCGGAAACCUCGCGGGGACGCCCAUGGCAUCGCAGUUGACCAUCCAGCUGUGGCGGAGGCCAAACGUCGCGCCCUACAGAAAGGUGGCCCCUUCGACCAUUUCCCUCUACCUUCACCGUCCCAGACGGACCGAGAGCUGUUGGAAAAAGGAGCGGAACAGUGCCACUUCACCUCCGCCAUUCUUCGCGGUAUCAAUCACGAAGAUGGGCGUGAGGCAGGCACUCCCUAUCUUACGGAUGGAGACGGCAACUGCUUGUUGAACGCCGUGGCCAUGCUGCUCGUGAAGAAGCAACCACGUGGGGUCAGGAACGCCGUGAAGACGAUGGCAGCUCAGCUCCGGCUGGGGAUUGUCGUGGAAGGCUUGCGCAACAUCGAGGUGUACCUCGAUCGCAAGUAUGAGUUCUACGGCACGUGGUACAACUAUGUGGAUCAGUUGGUGUUCGACCUGAAGAGGUGUGGCUGGGUGGUGGACGCAAUGCCGGAGAACCGUUGGCGAAUGGCGUCGCUCACCAGCGUCCAGAACGUCAACGGUGGAGAGUGGCAGUGGACCCUGUUCCAACCGCUGGUCGCACCGGACCCGGGACGUCAGACCGUUCAUGUUGUUAUGACGUAUGUUUCGAGCGCGGACUACAGACCCCAGUUCAGCGACGCCCACGAGUACAAACGUCUCAACGGUGGCCGCAUCAGGGAGUUGAACCACUUCGUGGCUCUGUCUCACGACAACACCGCGAAGUAUCACGAAACUGCUGUCACGAGGAUGGCCGGUCUUGUGCGCUUGGCACAAGACGACUGCAAGGAGUCGGAGGCGAGGCUCAAGGAAGCUGUAGGGGACUCGGGUGGUUCACCGUCGGCUCCUCAUACCUGCACGGAACUGGCGGACGCGCAGGGCAAGGCGCAAGAGCAGCUCGGGCGGAGGCAGGCCGCUUAAAGAUGUAUAACGGGCACGUACUUCACCCCGCUGGCUUCCGCGGCGGAGGUAACCGCGUUGGAGAAGGAGUGCUUCAACAAGC